AUGCUGAGCCGCAGCUCGUUCACCAGCCUGGUGGUGGGGGUGUUCGCGGUGUACGUGGCGCACACGUGCUGGGUGAUGUACGGGAUCGUCUGUACGCGGCCCUGCCCCGCCCCGGGCCCGGCCAAGGAGGAGCGGGCGGGAGGCGCGGCGGGCUGCAUCUGGCCCUACCUGGCCCGCCGGCCCAAGCUGCAGUUAAGUGUAUACACUACCACACGGUCAAACAUUGGUGCUGAGAAUAAUAUAGAUCUGAUUUUGAAUGUGGAGGAUUUUGAUAUUGAGUCCAGAUUUGAAAGAACAGUCAAUGUCUCUGUACCAAAGAAAACUCGAAAUAACGGCACACUGUAUGCAUACAUAUUUCUUCACCAUUCUGGCAUUUUACCUUGGCACGAUGGCAAACAGGUGCAUAUAGUAAGUCCUCUGACCACAUACAUGGUCCCUAAACCAGAAGAAGUUAAUCUUAUCACUGGAGAAUCCACCACCCAGCAAAUUGAAGCAGAAAAGAAACAGACCAAUGCCUUAGAUGAACCUGUCUCACAUUGGAGGUCAAGGUUAACUCUAAAUGUUAUGGUGGAAGAUUUUAUUUUUGAUGGAUCCUCUCUCCCUGCUGAUGUUCACCGAUACAUGAAGAUGGUUCAGUUGGGGAAGACUGUGCAUUACCUUCCAAUAUUAUUUAUUGAUCAGCUAAGCAACAGAGUGAAAGAUUUAAUGAUAAUAAACCGUUCAACGACAGAGCUACCUCUUACAGUGUCAUAUGAUAAAAUAUCUCUUGGAAAGCUCCGAUUUUGGAUCCACAUGCAAGAUGCAGUGUUCUCCCUGCAGCAGUUUGGCUUUUCAGAAAAGGAUGCAGAUGAAGUAAAAGGAAUUUUUGUGGAUACUAACCUAUACUUUUUGGCUUUGACAUUCUUUGUAGCAGCAUUCCAUCUUCUUUUUGAUUUCCUUGCAUUCAAAAAUGACAUCAGCUUCUGGAAGAAAAAGAAAAGCAUGACUGGAAUGUCUACAAAAGCAGUGCUUUGGCGAUGCUUCAGUACCGUGGUAAUAUUUCUUUUCCUUUUGGAUGAACAAACAAGUUUAUUGGUGCUAAUUCCAGCAGGUGUUGGUGCAGUGAUUGAGCUCUGGAAAGUGAAGAAAGCACUGAAAAUGACAGUUAUAUGGAGAGGCAUGAGGCCAACAAUCCAGUUUGGUGCAUACAAUGAAUCUGAAAAGAGAACUGAGGAAUAUGAUACCCAGGCUAUGAAAUAUUUGUCCUAUUUACUGUAUCCACUGUGUAUUGGAGGUGCAGCUUAUUCACUUCUGAAUGUGAAAUAUAAAAGCUGGUAUUCUUGGUUGAUUAACAGCUUUGUCAAUGGGGUAUAUGCUUUUGGAUUCCUAUUUAUGUUGCCCCAGCUGUUUGUGAAUUAUAAGAUGAAAUCAGUUGCACAUUUACCAUGGAAGGCAUUCACAUAUAAAGCAUUCAACACCUUCAUUGAUGAUAUCUUUGCGUUUAUCAUCACUAUGCCAACAUCGCAUAGGCUGGCAUGUUUUAGGGAUGAUGUGGUAUUCCUCGUCUACCUUUACCAAAGAUGGCUGUAUCCUGUGGAUAAGAGCAGAGUGAAUGAAUAUGGAGAGUCUUAUGAAGAAAAGCUGAAAAGAAAACCCCACAGAGAAUAG